AUGGCGUCUUCCAAUACAUCGAAUGCUGGAAGUAGCCACCAGGAGCAGAGAGAGCAGAAGGUUCUUGAUGUCAUAUUUCUCUGUGACGAAUGGAAAUCUUCAAAGGGUGGAUUGUCAACUUUCAAUCGAGAAUUUGCCAUUAAUUUGGCACAAGCGACGACUGGUAGCAUGAAAAUUCACUGCUAUGUCUCUUAUAGCGAUGAUCGGGACAGAGAAGAUGCUAAACAACAUGGUGUCAAUUUAAUCACAGCUCGAAGUGUUCCUGGUUCAGCCGACCCCCUCGAGGGCUUGAAGUUUUCACCCCCAGAGCUCCCAAACCCACAUCUGGUGAUAGGCCAUGGAAGAAAGCUGGGUUGUCCUGCGUAUUCCCUCCUACAGAAUACAAAGUGUAAAUGGAUCCAAUUUGUUCACGUCUACUGCGAGGACCUUGGGAAAUAUAAAGAAUCUGCCACGGCUGCAGAAGAUACAAUCGAAGAGAACGAGAAGAAGCACAAGAUAGAAAUUGAGUUGUGUAAAGCAGCGGAUGCAGUUGUUGCCGUUGGCUCCCGUCUACAACAGAAGUACAGCAGACGUCUCCUUAAUGUUGAAGUGAAGAUUAUCACUCCCGGGAUCUUUGGAAAGUUUUCCAAUGAAUCAAAAUUGGCUGUAGACAGAUCGGUAGUAAAGAAUUUUAAUGUGUCUUUGUUUGGCCGAGCUGCCUUUGAGGAUCUUUCCCUGAAAGGCUAUGAUGUAGUUGCAAAUGCCAUUGGUUCUCUUGGUAAGAACUUUGAGUUGACAUUUGUCGGCUCAUCUCCUGGUGAACAACGAAAAGUUGAGCAAUGGUUUCUUGACAACACGUGCAUCAACCGCAAACAACUAACCAUCCGUCGAUAUUUCAGUGAACAAGAGGAACUCAAGUUGAUGUUCUAUCAGUCAGAUUUGGUUGCUCUGCCAUCCCGUACCGAGGGAUUUGGGCUCGUUGCCCUUCAGGCCAUUUCUGCUGGUGUUCCUGUACUCGUCUCUGGCGAAUCUGGCAUAGCUGAGGCUUUGCAAAAAGUAGAAGGUGGAAACACUGUCAUUGUUGGAUCAGGUGAAGAUAAAGAUGAAUGGGCACGAAGGAUCAGAGAGAUAUAUGAAGAAAGCGCAGAGGAGAGAGAAGCCAAUGCUGUGAAGCUUCGCGAGAACUACAGGAAGGUUUACUCUUGGAAAGCAGAAUGUGAGAGGUUUAAAGGGCUGAUUGAAAAUGUUGUGAAAACUGCAUAUGGUGGUAAGUUGAAUGUUAAGGUUGCAGUGGAUGACUUGAAACCUGAAGAACAGAAUAUGCAGACUGGCAUGUUGGCAACAGAGUCUGUCAGACGACAAGAGGUUCAGCAGCCUAGGGCAUCUGCUACAUCAACUGCAUCUGGAAGUGUGUCCUAUUCACAGAAAGAGCAUCUCAAUGCCCUUGAAAAGGAAAUCUUUCUAUCAAUUGUGCAAAAUUAUCUCAAGACCACACCACCACAGUCCCCUGAAGAGCACAGUAGGUUCAUGGAAUACACACAAAAAAUGAAGCUCAUCAUUACUGGUGUUGCUGUAGGAAGUUUGGUGAUAACGGUGAAGUGUGAAUCUCUAAUGAUCUUGGAGGAGUUGUGGACAGAUUACUCAUCUGGUCAUCUUGGUGAAGUGGUUCAGAAUUGUUUUGUAACUGAAAAGAUCUUGAAGGAACUGAACCUGGCUGAGCUGAGACUGAAGACAACAAUAGACAAAGAAGAGUACAAUGCAUGCAAAAUGUUCUUUGAGAAAGAUGCUCUUAGAGGUGCCUCAUCUUCUGAAUUCCACUCCAUAAGUUUAACCAGUGAAAGUCCACAAAAUCAAGAAGAGCUGAAAAAAUGGAAACAGAAGACAAAGAUUGUU